GGCAAGGGAGACGGUCUCGUGGACUCGCUGUCUCAGUCCCCCACCUGGUCUUGUGAAGUGUGUUGUGUGUGUUCCGUGGUGCUUCUCGAGUAUUAUUGGGGCCGAUUCGACUGGCAUAUUUGUUUUUACUAUGAUAGGAUGAUCUUUGUUGACUCCACGUGUUUGAAAGAGGAAUCUCUGAGGCGAUCCUUCUCCAGCUGUACUUGAGAAAUGAAUGCGGAGAGCGAGUGGUGGUGGGCGUGGUCAGGAGCUGCUGGCGGCGCGUGGGCGGCAGUUGUGUGCGUGGUGGUGGUGAUGGGCGGCGCCGUCAACGUCGCUGUGGUCAUCCACUGGGCGACGUCCCGCCCCGCGCAGGACUCGCCCUCGGCAGCUCUUCCGUGCGUGGACCUCCUCCUCUGCGUCCUGGCCGCCCCGCUCCGCUACGCCCACGCUCCACCCAUCCCCACGCCCGCGGGCUCUCGCCUGGUGGCCGAGGCUACCCUGGCGCCACAGAACACCUCCGGAGGCGCACUGCAGCUCAACGCCGCGGGUGGAGCGGCCAACGCGAGUGCGCCGGGCACGGACUGGGAGGCGCCGCCCGACCCCCCCGGGCCAGGCACCAGCCUGGCGCACGCCGUGGUAGUAGGCGUGUGCCUCACGUCCCUGCACGUCGUGGUCAUCGUGGCGCUGCACCGCCUCACGCUGCUGCUUAGGUGCUCCGCCCGCGGCCGCAAGCCCUUUCGCUUUGCGUCGCCGCUGUCGGUGCUGGCGGUGGCUCUCGCGGCGGCGGCGGCGCUGGUGGGCGGCCUUCACGCCACGGGGCGCUUCACGGACAUGUUCCCUCUGCUGGGCGUCUCGAGGCCCCGCCCUCCUGGCGCCCCGCCGCCGCCCCUGGUGGUAGGCUUCCUGUCCUAUGUGGCAGGUCUGUGCGGCGCCACCACGCUUUGCUACCUGACCAUCAUCAGCGCUCUAAUCCACCAGGGGCGCAGCCAGGCCAUCGCCGCAGCGCCGCUCCCCGAAUUUUCCGGCACGCUCUCUAGCAGCGUCAGCAGCCCAGGCCCUUCAACAGACUCCGGGGUCGCAGGGCCCGGUCACGGCGGGCACGGGCUGGCGCUCAGGGCUUGCAUUACGGUAUUGUCAGUGCUAGUCACGCUGUGUGUGUGUUGGGCAGUCCCCGUCUGUCUGGCACUCUACGCCCUGCUCAGCGAGGCGCCCAUGACACCGUCGCUGCCCUACAGCGAUGCCCUCCUUCUGCUCUCGGGCUUGGUUCACCCCUUCGUGUACGGCGAGGGCUGGGCGGCCGUGGCAGCGUGCGUGACUGGGCUGCGGCACGGCGUGGUCGCCACCAGUUACCGCGUUGGCCUCGCCUCGCGCCCUCGAUCACGAAUGCAUAUGACUGACCCGCCACGUGACAGCGGUGGCGGCGGUAGAACCUGGCAGAGCUCAGAGUGCUGUUGGCCGUGCCGGAGCCAUGGGACACAAGCCGCUACUGAAGAAGCCACGUUCAACAUCAUUCCUCUCAGCCUAACGUCACGCCAUCAGACAGACACAUAAUAUAUUGUGUCAAUUAUUUGUGGUCUUGUAUUAUAAAGUGAAUGGUAGCCAAAGAUAUUGAGCGUGUAGAUGCCGUAUUUUUCUGAAGGGUGUUUACAUUUUGUUAGCUUACGGGUGUUAAUAUUCUGGUACACACCAGUGUGUAUUUGCGUGGGUCAAGAGAUAUCAAAACAGUUGCGUCGGCAUCUUAGGUCACCGACGGUGUGACAAUUUCGAAGACUCAAUGAGCACUUCACAUGCCGAUGGCAGGUCCCGAAAAGAUGACGUCACAGACGAAAAAACAAGUAUAGAAACACGUUUACCAAGUGAGCACCUGUGACAUCAUCUUUACGGUGUCGGUCCAUUAUGCCCAUGCGUGUGGGCAGACCUGGACGCAACAUAUUACAUUUUUGUUUGACUUCUGAAUGUAAGAUUUUCAGUUAAUCUCUUCUGCCAGUCUUUUGGAAUCUUAACCAAUUGACAGGUUUUACUUUUUCAUCUUUUCAUUAUUGAUCAUCUGAAUAUCCAUUUCAUAAUCUCUCAUUUAAUAAAUAUUCAACAUUU